ACAAGUAAACCAUCCAUAUAAAACGGCGUAUAUCCAGUAAGCGCACAACGUUAGAAAGGCCUCCGAUUAUCGUUCCCGGAAGUGUACCAUAUGGCUGAUUGACAGUAUUAUAUCGCAAUUGGAAACAGAAUAUAUUCGAAAAAAUAUUUUAAACCACCAAUCGCGCACGCCUUGGGCGUGACUCUGCGUGAGACAAAGGCUACAUGUUGUUUUCGCUUUAGUCGAAAGGGAAAGGAAAGCUCGGGUGCUGCAAGGAGUCUGUGAAAGAAUAUGAGCUGCAGCUUCGCCUGUCGUUCGUAGUCUUGUUAACCCGAAUCCGAUUCAUAUUUGACAUCUUUGUAACGAUGGCCAAGCGGUGAUUUUUUUUUUAGUCUACAUUCGGAUGUUACGAAGUCGAUGUUAUUAGGCAAAGUAUCAUGAAGAAUAAAAUGGAGAAACCGCCGUGCAAAUGUAAUUGAGAGCGGCUGGCACUGACGUAAGAGACUGUUUAUGUAAAAUAUGAAAUGAAACUUGGACAACAGUAUCGUAACAUUUAUUGAAACAUCGAGCAGAAUUUCAAAAGGCGGGCAGUAUUUACUGCAGCUGUUUUAAAUGAGAAUGUCAUUAGCACAGAGGGUUUUAAUGACUUGGCUCUUUACCCUGCUCUUCUUAAUUGUGUUGGUCUUGAAAUUGGACGAUAAAGCUCCUUGGAACUGGAUCCUCAUAUUCAUCCCGCUCUGGAUUUUUGAUACCAUUUUAUUAAUGAUGUCGAUCGUAAAGAUUAUAGGGAGAUGCAAAUCGGGCUAUGACAGGAACAAUAAUAAUCUCAAGAAAGAGAUCUGGUAUUUCUGCGCUAUGCUGCUUAAACUAAGUUUUCUGUUGGCACUGAGCGCCAGACUGGAACAUUUCUCACAAAUGAAACUCACUUUCGUUUUUAUACCACUCUGGCUCUUGCUCAUUGGAGCAGUUGGUGAUCUAGUCUAUAAUAUGUAUUCUAUGAGACAAGACUAGUGGACAGUUUGUAGGCUCUGGUUGUGACCCUAAUUAUUGCCCCAGCAUCAGUAGUUGAUGCGGGACUCCACAUAAAUAUACCGAAAAACUUAUUGGACAGUGUAUUACAAUUGUUUUUAAAUUUAAGUGUCCCGCUCUGUAAAUGUCACAAUUUGCGGCUGCUUUCAUCGAGCUUUGUGAAGUUAUCAUGUAUAAUCACGUAAAAAUCAGAAAUGGAUGUAGUCAUAUCACGAGUUUGUUCAAGCAAAGUAUACAAUUGGCAAUAUUCAAAACCUUUCUUACGUUUUGAUAAUUACACUAACAUGGGAACAGCCCUUUUUCUGUAUGAAAAGUUUGUGGUUAAUGCUUUAAUUUUUUUAUUUAUAAAGCACAAAUUCAGAAAAUAGCCUUAUUUCUAACUAAUUUAUAUAUCACAAUUUGCUCAAUUCGAGGAUAAUUGUAAUGAAUUGACCUAUUGCAUAUCUACUAGUAGUAUUUGGUAAAGGCUGCAGCACUGAGUUGAAGCACAUUCAAAACAUAGUUUAUUAAGCAAGCAGUUGAUGACAGGAUUGCAAUAUUUUAAAAUCCGCACAAAAUCCAAAUAAUGCACAUAUCUUUUCCAGUCACUUGCUGUAUUAAAUGUCAACAAUAUGCAAGGUUUUUUUCUUUACACUAUGGGCAUAUUUCCAAAACAAAACGUGGACUGUGAAAGAUACAGUAAAUGAGUAACAAUGUGGUAAGUGCCCUUUCCUGUAAGG